UAAAACAGUUCUUCGGAUAAUCAAUUUUUUGUUCGCUAUUUUUUAUCUCUCCCGUAUUUAUUUCUAUUUUACCUGGAAAAUAGAUUAAUUUUUGAGCAAAAGUUAAUAUCAAAGCAGUUCUUAAACGUUUAAGAUUGAUAUUGUUAUAAACCGAAGUGAAAAUUUAUAUAAAUUGAAUCAAAAUUUUAACAAAAUUGAUUUGGGAGUGGUUUUUUUUCUUGUUCGAUUACACGCAUUAUUACAUUUUCUACCUUGUUGUUAUCAGUUAAACUUUGUUAUUCGUGGUGAUAACAGUGGGAAAUAAUUGAUCCUGAUCCAUUGGAUAAUUUAUUUGAAGAGAAAAAACAACUCUGCACUCUUUGUCAUUCAAUUCUCUUGAGAAUGCAUUAAAGUUUGACUUCAUCAUAGAUUAAUUAACGAUUUUUUGUGCUUAAAAUAACAGUCAUCAUGUUAAAGUUUAUUCGAUCGAAAGGAAAUCAACAGCCAUCCGCUGAACGUCAAAAAUUACAAAAGGAAUUGUAUGCAUUUAGAAAGACUGUCCAACAUGGAUUCCCACACAAACCAUCAUCAUUGGCAUAUGAUCCGGUGUUGAAUUUAAUGGCGAUUGGUACAACAACCGGCGUUAUAAAAGUCUUUGGACAACCAGGCGUUGAAUUUUAUGGACAAACAACGCCAAUCAUUACAUCAACAAAUCCCACGCCAACUGAUUGUUUGGUUCAAAUAUUGGAAUUCAUUCCUGGAAACGGUCGAUUAUUAUCGCUGACAUCAAAUAAUCAACUUACAUUAUGGGAGCCGGCUGGCAAUUUACUUGUUGCAAUCAAAACUCUUGCUUUGGAGAAGUUCAAGAAAGUGUCAACAUUGUGCUGUUCUUUUCUCAAAGAUCUUCUUUGGAUUGGAACGGAAGGUGGAAAUGUUUAUCAAUUUGAUUUAAAGACAUUUCAAAUUAAGGAAUCGACAAUUUAUCACGAUACUGUUUUUGAUAAACUUCCACCAAGUUAUAAAUUAAAUCCUGGAGCGAUUGAAGCUGUUAAGCAACGUCCAAACAAUCCACAACAAUUGUUGAUUGCCUACAAUCGUGGAUUGGCAGUUUUAUAUGAUUUGGAGAAGAACGACGUCAUUCAAUCUUAUGUGUCACCAGGACAUGGCAUGAGUGUUGGCAUUGACAUUAAUGCUGAUGGUGAGACAUUCACUUGGUACCAUGCUGACGGUUCUUAUGCGACUUGGGAUGUGAAUGGAAAGAAUGAACCGGAAAAUCAAAAGUACGUUCCUUACGGUCCCGACCCUUGCAAAGCUAUCGAUCGUCUUGUUCGAGGCUUUCGUGGCAAUGACGAGUUAGUUGUGUUCUCAGGUGGAAUGCCACGAUCAGCUUAUGGUGAUCAUCAAUGUGUUUCUGUUCAUUGCAAAGAUGGAACGAAAGUUGCAUUCGAUUUCACAUCGAAGGUCAUUGACUUCUUCGUGACAUUUCAUACAUCAAUUGAUGAGUUGGUGGAGAAGCCACAAGCUGAAGUGUUGAUUGUUCUAUUAGAAGAAGAGCUCGUUGCUUAUGAUUUAACACAAAAAUCACUUCCACCUGUUAAUGCGCCUUAUCUUCAUUCACUUCAUGCUUCAGCCGUCACAUGCAAUCAUUUAGUGUCACAAGUCACUGCUGAGGUUUAUGAUAAGAUUGUCCAAGCCGGGAUUCAUCAAUAUGCUAAAUAUAGCGACAUUGAAUGGCCAAUAAACGGUGGCGAAGUUCCUGAGAGAGAAAAUGAUUCCGGCGUCACUGAAUAUGACAUUUUAUUGACCGGUCAUGAAGAUGGAUCAGUGAAGUUCUGGAAUUGUUCGGAUGUUUGUUUGAUUCCUUUGUUGCAUGUGAAAACCGCGCAAUUGUUUGGCAAUAGUGACGAUUUGGAUCAUCCAAGAGAUGACGAUGAACCGCUUGAUGAUUCCGAGCCCCCUUUUAGAAAAGCUGGACAAUUCGAUCCAUAUUCAGAUGAUCCUCGUUUAGCAGUGAAGAAAAUUGCUUUAUGUCCUAAAACUGGUGUUUUAAUAAUCGCUGGAACAGCUGGAAAUAUUGUAGUUGCAACAUUAGAAGAGUUGCCAGUGACAAACUCAGAUGGUGUUCGAACAACAACAAUGGACUUAGUUGGUGAACAUUUGGGCUUUGUCUGGAAGGGACACGACCCAUUAAAAGUGAAACAAACUUUACUUGAGCAGAGUCAACCUUUGACUGAUGGUGUUGAAGUAUUAGGCGUGUUGCAAGUUAAACCGCCAGCAGCUAUAACUUGUAUUGCUUUGCAAACAAAAUGGGGAUUGUUGUCAGCUGGAACUGCUCAUGGUUUAGUCCUUUAUGAUUUUAAAAACAAUCGACCGGUUCUACAUAAAUGUACAUUAAAUCCGCAUGACUUGACUGGAGCUGGCGAGCCAAUUUCAAGACGAAAAUCAUUCAAAAAGUCGUUGCGUGAAUCUUUCAGACGUUUGCGUAAAGGAAGAUCAACAAGAAAUAAUCAACCAGCAAUUCCAGCUGAAACUCGUCCAGUUGAACGUCAAAUUGAAGCAAGAGCUGUCGAUGACGGAAUGGGAUCAAUGAUUCGUUGUUUGACUUUCGCACAAACUUACAUUACAAAUGCUCAUGCAACGAUUCCAUCCUUAUGGUCGGGUACAAAUUCAUCAUUGGUCUCAAUCUUUGUUCUUCACAUUCCACAACGAACAGGAACAACACCUGAUGAGUCGCCAAAGCCAAUCAUUGGUCAACUUGCUAAAGAAAUUCAAAUUAAACAUCGAGCUCCUGUCAUUUCCAUCGCUUUGUUUGAUGCUAUGAACGUUCCAUUAGAUUUUCAAGAUGGUCCUGGUGUUGGUCCACAUAAAGUUGUGAUUGCUUCCGAAGAGCAAUUUAAGCUUUUCUCGCUUCCACAAUUAAAGCCAGUCAAUAAAUAUAAAUUGACAGCACACGAAGGAGCUCGUGUACGUCGAAUGCAAUUUGCUGCUUUUACUUGCACAAAAACGCCAGAAAUGCUACAAAUAAGUCCAUCGAAAAAUCAACGACCUGCUUCACCUUUAGCAGCUCCUCCACCGCCACCACAAUCAGCAAACGAUUCAGGAGAAAGUGCACCUGAAGCUGAACUUUACAAGGAAUAUGCACUUUUGUGCUUGACUAAUUUAGGCGAUUGCUUGAUUUUAUCCAUUCCAGAACUUAAACGUCAAAUGAAUGCAGCAGCAAUUCGACGUGAAGAUAUCAACGGAAUAUCUUCACUUUGCUUUACAAAUCAUGGUGAAGCACUUUACAUGAUGUCAUCGUCGGAGGUACAACGAAUCACUGUUUCAGGUAAAAAGAUUGUGUCGCCGAAUGGAUCGAUAGAUUUGGAAGAAUGGGAUGAUGAUGAUGACGAUGACGAUGAUGAAAGUGAGAAGGCAAAUGGAAAUAAAACAGAAGGUGAUGAAAAUACAACGAUGGAAGCAACAACACCAAUAAGUGCUGCAAAUAGUGACGCUGCUGUUAAUAAUAAAGGUCUCACAAAUGGCGUUGAAACAUCACCAACUAGCAACUUUGCUAAUGAAACCAUCACAAGCUCCAUUGGGUCUGUCGGUGACAUUACAAUCGACUCAGUUCGUGAUCAUUUGAAUUCGACAGUCACAACGCUUUGCUCACAAACCACCGAAGAAGUUAUUGGGCGCUUAUCAGUUUUGAGUACAACGACAAACAAUACAGCGACGAGUUUACAUCCGAAGGAAAUUUUAGAUGUGAAAACAUUGAAAGAUUCUGUCGGAGAGACAAAUGAAACGCAUCAGAAUUCAGUGAUUGUGAAGUCUGUGAUUACAACGAUUUCACAUGGUGCUGGUGCAACAAAUGGCGAUGCUGAUAAAACGACAACAACGACGAUUACUAGAAAGGAGAGUCAGUUUUAAACAUUUCUGACGAACGAUGACGAUAAAUUAAAUAUUUCUUUGAAAUGAUUAGCAUUUACUUAACAUCACUUUUUUUCCUGUUAUGACUUAACAAAUCAUUUUUAAAUUUAAUAAUCUAUUGAAUUUUUAUUUAAUAUUACAAGAUUUUUUUUAAAAGAUGAUUUUAUUUCCUUCACUAUGAAGAGAAACGCGAAUUAAUAUAUUUUCUGCUUUCAUUUUAAGUUUAAGAUGACUUUUAUAAGUAUUAAAGUAUAAAGAAAAGUAUUAUGUAGUUUUCCUUCUUUUUCAUCAAUCAAUUAUUAGAGCUUAAAAAUAAUAAUAUUACUAAUGAUGCAGCAGAAUAUUUAAUAAAUUGCCUUUGCAUUUUGCCUUUUGCAUUAAAACAUAGAAGAAUACAAAAUAAUGAAACUUUCAAGUGCACUUUGAAUGAAGAAAAAUUUUAAUUUUCUAUACGACAAAGAGAAAUUUAAUUUGAUUUUAAAAGAUAAAAAACAAAAAUAUUUCAAUGACUAGAUUUGUACUUUUGAUUCAUGAAUUUGUAAUUUUUGGAGAAUAAAAGUUGAAAGAAUUUAAAUAUUUAAACA